GGCGCGCGAGCCCACCGGCUGCUGCGGCGGGGCGGGAAGCCAUGGAGCCGCGGGCGCUUGUCACGGCUCUCAGCCUCGGCCUCAGCCUCUGCUCCCUGGGGCUUCUCGUCACGGCUAUCUUCACCGACCACUGGUACGAGACCGACCCCCGGCGCCACAAGGAGAGCUGCGAGCGCAGCCGAGCCGGCGCCGACCCUCCGGACCAGAAGAACCGCUUGAUGCCACUGUCGCACCUGCCGUUGCGGGAUUCGCCCCCCUUGGGGCGCCGGCUGCUCCCGGGCGGCCCCGGGCGCGCAGACCCCGAGUCCUGGCGCUCGCUGCUGGGGCUCGGCGGGCUGGACGCUGAGUGUGGCCGGCCGCUCUUUGCCACCUACUCCGGCCUCUGGAGGAAGUGCUACUUCCUGGGCAUCGACCGGGACAUCGACACCCUCAUCCUGAAAGGUAUUGCACAGAGAUGCACAGCCAUCAAGUACCACUUUUCUCAGCCAAUCCGCUUACGAAACAUUCCUUUCAAUUUGACCAAGACAAUACAGCAAGAUGAAUGGCAUCUGCUUCAUUUAAGAAGAAUCACUGCUGGUUUCCUGGGCAUGGCUGUAGCUGUGUUGCUCUGCGGCUGCAUCGUGGCCACGGUCAGUUUCUUCUGGGAGGAGAGCCUGACCCAGCAUGUGGCUGGGCUCCUCUUCCUCAUGACAGGCAUAUUUUGCACCAUUUCCCUCUGCACUUAUGCUGCCAGUAUCUCCUAUGAUUUGAACCGGCUCCCAAAGCUAAUUUAUAGCCUGCCUGAUGAUGUGGAACAUGGCUACAGCUGGUCCAUCUUUUGCGCCUGGUGCAGUUUAGGCUUUAUUGUGACAGCUGGAGGUCUCUGCAUCGCUUAUCCGUUUAUUAGCCGAACCAAGAUUGCACAUCUAAAGUCUGGCCGGGACUCCACGGUAUGACUGUCUGCCAGCACGUUCACUGCUCAGUGGCCAGGCCACAGUGCAGAAGACUUCUGAGGGGAGGGAGCCGGAGCUCAUGUCAGGAUCCCAAGCACAAAGUGAUCAAAACAUUCCAACCUGUUGCCUGCCAACCCUUCCUGGAUGACUGAUACAAAAUCAUGCAAAACCUCUCGACCUUUCUAAGGACAAGAAUACUGUGGAUUCAAGUGCUUUAAUGACUAUGAAGCUGUGACUGUGCGGAGUGGAGAGCAAUGCCAUGGAACAUUUCUAGGUUUAGAAAAGAGAAAACGGCAGUAGAAUACUUUGUAUGGUUUUCAUUUAUUUCAGAAAGUUUGUAUAUAACAAUCACCUGAGAGUCAUUCCGAUUUGCAAAAUGAUUUAUAACAAAGCAAGUAUAAUUUUCUUGUCUUUGUACCAUGCCUGUUUAAUUUUAAUGCCGCAUCUUCAGAAUUUGUCUUGAUGGUGUUUUCUUGCGUCAGCACCAAAUACUUGUACAUUAUUUGUGGCUGUUCCUUGUCACAGGAAGAUUCUUCUUCUGUUGCCUUAUUAUUAUUUUUAAUUGAAGUCUCUUCUCUGUCUUUGUACUGGACUCAAAGUCACAAGUUAAACAGGUCAACUGUGUAUAAGAGCUAUUCUGUGACACUAUGCAGUAUUGUUUGAAGUUUUGUCUGUCGUUCCACUUCUGUGUCUUUAACUAGAUUUCUGCAUUAAAUGACUGCCUCCUUGU